ACUACUUAAACGUCAUUGUCACGAUUGACAUUAGCAACUGUUAAAUAAAACGUAUUUUAUGCAUAGUAUUAAAUUGAGUUUAUUUUCAAAGAUAUUUUAUGUUGCUUUAUUCAUUUUAGCAAUUAACGCUUAUUUUAAUUGAGAAAACCAUUUAAAAUUUGAAGAAAUUAUAGUAUUAUCUGGAGUUGAUAUAAUUGGGCAUACCGGUCACAUGAAAAAGACUUUAUACUAAUGAGAUAACCAAAAAAAUGGCAAACUGUCUUCCUUUUUCUAAAAAUCAAAAUAUGGCUUGUGAAGAUGGUACAGUAACUUGGACAAAUGAAUUGGUUAAUGAAAAUCAAUUAGAGUUUUCAAAUACUGAAGUUAGCCUGAAUGAAACAUAUGCCACUACAAGAGAUGAUGAUGAAGAAACACAGUACUUAUCAGUUCUGCAUUCUACUGAUGACACUUUGGAAGAUAUCAACAAUUUAACAUUGGAUAAUGAGAAAUUGAUUGUUAGUGAUGAUGUUGCUUCAAAUAUUGAGAACGAUAAUUUAGAUUCAGCUGAAACUGAGCAAGUAGUCAUUUUUAAUGUUGGAGAAUCGCAAGAAGUGUAUGGCAUACAAAUAGCACAUGAUGAAGAAGGGAACACACACAGAUAUCAGUUUCAAUUCAGAAAAACAGAAAAUGGACAAUUAGAAGCAAUGCCAGAGACCAUUCAACUGUUAGCCAAUGAAGAAGAUACAACACAUGAAUUUACAGAGGACCAAGUAUCAGGGGACACCUUUGAACAUCCAGUUCUUUUGCAAGAAGCUUUUGAACAAACAAAUGAAGACUCUCAUCAUCAGUUAAUAAUGUCUGAAGAGACAACUGAUAUUCUUGAAAAUCAAGAUAGUGUAGAUGGUAGUAACAUAUAUAACGAUGAAGAAGGGGAUAUACCUACAACUGAUAAUUCUAUUAUAUACAUUAAAAAUGAAAACAUGUGUGAUGAAAUGUCAUAUGAGGAUGAUGAAGAACUGAAUGAAGAUUAUGAAAGUAAUUCUAAUGAAGAAAUAAUAGAUAUAAAACCAGGAGUCGAAAUUGUAAAACAUGAAGUAUUACAUAAACAAAAUGAAGUGUUUGUCAGUAAAAAUCAGGAAACACAAUCAGAAAAUAGUGAAGAACUAAUUGUGAAGGAAGAUUAUGCAUCAGAAGCUGAUUCUUAUAGUACAGUUGGAACUGAAAAUCAAGGUGAAGAAACCAUAAUAUCUUAUCAACAUGUGGAACCAAAUGUUGAAGAGUAUUAUGAAGAUAGCACAGAGGCUCAUUUGGAACACCAUGCAGCCACUCACUUUUUAGUUGAAGAAAAUAAUUUAGAUCAAUUCAACUAUAAUAUAGAAUUACACCAAGAAGAAAAAGAAGAAGAUAAUGAAAAUAGUACAAAUGUACUUAUAGUAGAAAAAAGUCCUGGAACAAACGAUUCUGAAAAUGAAGAUUUUGAGUUUGAAGGUCUUCCGGUAACAGCUGAAGGAGAAAUAAGUGAGGAUACAUCAUCGAGCAUUUACCAGGAAACUGAAGUAUUAUAUUCUGAACCUGAAAUAUCUUUACGAACUUUAUCUCCAAAAGUUAAAUCACCUUCAAAUAUUCUUAAACAGCCCACCAAUAUUAACAAGGUGGCUAAUAGUAGUAAAAAAACAAUCCUCUAUUAUAUGUUACCUAGUACUGAUCAAAAGGAAAAUCUGAAUUCCAUAACUUUGAAAGCAACAAAUCCUCGUAGUGUGUUGAAGAAUAACAUAGAUUUGCAUAAAAUCAACAAUGAACGUAUAAAAACAUUGCAAAGGGAAAAAUUAAUGGAAAAGAGAUAUGCUCGAAGUAAGGAAGUAAUACAAGCCAAAAUGUUUAAUAAUUUCAUAAAUAAAACAACUAUUCCUCACGCGCCAGUUAGACAGGGUAGAUUACCUAGAAAACAAGAAAUCAAACCUGUAGAUACAAGAACAAAUGAAGAAAUUAUAGUGCAAGAAGUAAUGGUGUCUUCCAAAGGAUUUGUAGAAAAUCUUACAGAUCGAUUGAAAAAUUUGGAUAAAUUGGAGGUUACUAGUAUUGUAGAGCUGAGUGAUUCGGACGAGGAAUAUGAUCCAAAAAAUAGUAUGAAAAAGAAAAAGAAACACAAAAAAAUUAUACUUACAAACGCAGGAAGCUCUGAUUCUGAUACAAGUGUUAUUGAAAUACAUUCUGAUGAAGAAACGACUGUUAAAGAAAAAUGUCAGACGCCGAAUCAGGGCAGAUCUAAAAAAGAUUCUGAAAGUUCUGAAGGAAGUCUGAAAAGAUCCCGAGGAAAGACAUCUAAAAGUGGAAGUUCAAAUGAAGACUCUCCCCAGAAAAAGAGUCGUACUGAAGAAUCUAGUGAAGUGGAAAGUGAUAUAGAUAAGAGAGAAAUAAAUUGCCCGCAUUGUUCAAAGACUUUUCCCAACCAGAAUAGCCUUAGUACUCAUAUACAACAUCACAAUUUAGAGAAUAGUUUACGUAACAGUAAAAAAAUCCCCGCCUUUGAGUAUAAACACAAAUGUGAAGACUGCAAACAGACAUAUAAAAAUUCUAUUUUGCUUAAAAGACAUAUUUGUAAUAGUAGUAACAAGUCCAGACCUACUUAUAAAUGUACAACUUGUCCAAAAAUAUUUAGAGACAUAGCGAUUUUUAAUAUUCACAAAAAAUCUCAUAUCAAAGAAAAUUUAAUCAAAUCAACGUCAAAUGUUACAAUAUCACCAAAAAAAUUCACAUCUGUACCUUCUACAGCCACCUACAAAUGUAAGGAAUGUUCAAAAGUAUGCUCUUCACAAAAUAUAUUAACAGUUCAUGAAAAAAGUCAUAAAAAAUUCAAUUGUAUCCGUUGUAACACUUCGUUCCCUUCAAAGUUACUGUUGGAUCUGCAUGUAAGGAUAAAAUGUGUUAAGACUUCCUCGCCAAAAGAUAGAAGACUUUCGUUUAAAAUUAAGAGGUCAUUUGUAAAUUCACCAUGCAAAACAGUAACAAGAGGUAGAAGCAUCAAUCCGCUAAAGCCACUAAUUAGUGGUACUUCAAAUAAGAAAAGUUCAAUUCCCACUACCAGUUGUAGAAAAACCAUUAAUGUUAUACAGAAGAAUGUUGAACCAAGUUCCAAUAUUAGUAAAGAUGCUGGGUCAAGCAAAAAUUUUAAUACAGUAACAAAAAAAAAUAUUAAUCUCAAACCAAACAAUACCUUAAAUCUGAGUAAAAAUAUUAAUUUUGAUCAAAGAAAGACUUCACAGACUUUGACAAGGACGAGGACUGAAAAAAUGAAAGCUAGCUCCUCGUUAUUAGAAACCAGUAAUGUUUUAGAAACGAAAUUUAAUCCAGGAUUAGAUAAUAGCAGUAUGAUCAGAAGAUUGGAUGUUGAAGCUCAAUGUGAUUCUUGCUCUUUGAUGUUCAAUAGUCUGACAGCUUUGUUCAAACAUAAAGUGAAGGUACAUGGUCUGAGCACUCCGGACAAACGUGUUUUAGAAACAAAGAAAAAAUUAUUGCACAAACCACUCCAUUUACAUGGUGGUAUUCCUCCCAAUCAAACGUUGAAAAAAGCUUUCCAAGAAAUAAGGAAAAAGUUGAUUAGUGCAAAUAUGGAUUUUUCUGAUAAUAUGGAUAACUCGAAUAAACCUCAAUUAUCCACAGAAGUAGAAAAAGACGAGUUACCUAAAAUAAUUAUAUCUGAAUCCACUCCAACUGAUCAGUAAUAUUUAUGAAAUCAGAACAUUUUUAAGACAGUUAUAGUUAUAAUAUUAAUAUUUUUAUGAAAUUUGCAUAGUUGGUUGGUACUUUGUUAUAUAGUGUGGUCGUAAAAUUUGGAUUACUCUGAUUAAAUUUUAGUUUAUGUGAAAAUGUU